AUGGAGAAAGUAAAAUCGGCGUUUGCAUCCAACACAUAUAAACUAGAAAAUGGUGACACCAUCGAAGCGGCAUUGGCCCAACAUUUCGCGUAUCUGCACGGCGUUCUCCAAAGCAUAGAAGCAAAAUUGUUGAACGAGCUGCAUGAACAAGGUAAUCGGCUCAAGAACAAUUUAGAGGACAUCGAACUACAACUUCGAUCGCAGGAAGAAACAUUGAGGUUGACAUUACAGAUAGCAUCCUAUGCGAAGCAGACCUUCCAUAAGGUGGAUAUACAAAACGCAAUAAACAUUUUAACGCAAAUGGCAGAUCUUCCUUGCUAUCUGAUGUACAAAGACUUAGGCCAGAACCAGAAAGCAACAUUUACCAUCGAUGACUCUAUCGUUGGAGCCAUAGAAGAUCACUGUAGAAUUGCAGUGCCACCAACGUCAUUCUACAGUCUUUUACGAAAAGACGAGCUACCGGAAAGUUACAUAACAUCGCCUUUACGGAAGAAACCACAUACAAAGAUUCUUAACCCUAUCAGUCCGCAAGCAAAACUAAGUCAAGCAAUAAUGAGACCGAUAUUACAAUCAGAAACGGAUAUUGAUGAAUCACUAAUGACAUCCAUCGAGAUGGAAGAUAAAGAGAAAGAAAGUAUUCCUGAGUGCAAGGUGGAGGUGACAUACGUUGUUAAUCCGUCGUUAUUCUUUGUCCGAAAAGUGGCCAUGAAAGUAAAAUUCCUACAGUUAGAGAAAGCCCUAAUGACAUACGGAACCGACAAGGAGAAUUUAAAGAACCUGAUCCAUAUCAAACAAAAUGACAUGUGCAUGGUGAAACAAUGGAAAGUCAACGAGUGGUAUCGUGGGCACGUGAAUACAGUAAUAAUAAAUAACGACGGCGGAUUAUCCUACAAUGUGGUUUAUAUAGACUAUGGAUACGAGGAAUGCAACAUAGGGGCCUCUAGAGUGCGAGAAAUAGCUGAACAUUUGCAAACGCUGCCACCACAAGCGAUUCGUUGCUGUUUAAAUGGCUUGAAGCCUAAAAAUAUGCAUUGGACGAAUGCAAGCACGAAUGACUUCAUGAAACUAACAAGCGGAGUCAACUGCACGAUGUCCAUUAUCAAAUCCACCCCUGAAAUGUUAUACGUCGAUCUUUGUGUUCAUCCAAAAAAUAGUAAGACGGGUCCACAGUCGAUGUGUAGCACUAUGAAAAUUAUGGAUUAUGCACGUUUGGACACUCAGCCAAGUCCAAAGCCUUCACUGAAAACUUACGUUUAUAAUAAAGAAGAACUUUUGUUAAAUAAAACGAUAGUAGUUAACAUUGGUUGGAUUGAAUCACCAGACAAGAUUUAUGUUUCCAAAGCUACACGAAAAACUAAAUUUUUGAAGUUAAAAAAUGAAUUAAAUGAGUAUUAUGCAAAUGAAACUUCAGCGAAAAUUAUUGAAACACCACAGAAAGGUUUACCAUGCGCUAUACAAUUAGAAGACAAUACCUGGCAACGCGGUGAAAUUACUGAAAUAAUUAGUGAACAUCAAGUCAGAGUAUUUUGUGUAGAUUGGGGAUGUACUUUGAUUCAAGAUCGCGAUGCAUUACGAAUAAUUCCACAUGAAUAUACCAUGUUUAAGGCGCAAGCCAUAAGGAUGUCAUUAAUGUAUAUAAUGCCUGAACACAAUGGAACAUGGAAACAGGAAGCUAUAAUAACUUUGCUGAAUCUCUUCAAUAACACUAAAUGUAUCAUGGUGAAUCCUCGAAAAAAAACAGAGGACGGGUACAGUGGAUGUAUGUAUAGUGAUAACAUCGACGUCAGUCGGCAGUUAAAAAUUGCAGGCGUUGUCAACGAUUAUAAUAUAAUGAACAAAUUUAAGAGCAAAUUACAAAAGAAAUCACGAUCGACUGUUAAAACUAAUGUUUCACUACUGGAGAAAUCCGAUAAUAAUACCGUUAAAGACUUUUGUAUUUCGUACGACAAUAUAGAAAAUGAUAAAUCUGUGAAAGAAGAAGAUGCAUUUAAGGUGGAAGUGUCCAUUCAACGGGUGAUCACACCGGAUUGCAUCUACGUUGCACAAACGGAACAUGAACAAGAGAAUCAGAAACUGUUAUCGGCUAUGCACAAAUUUUACGAUAUGUUUUAUUCCGAACCACGCGAUAAUUGGAGCGAAGGCGCAUUGUGUACCGUGUAUUCCGCAAAGGACAAGUCAUAUUUCCGUGCAAAAAUAUUGAAAAUAAAAUCCUCUACAGAUGUGCUUGUCUAUCUCUAUGACAUGGGCAUCGAAGAGAUUGUGACAAUGAAGGACAUACAAGUUCUUCAUUCAGAAUUCGCGAAGGAAAUGACGUACUGCUUUAAGGUGAAACUAGCCGGUAUUUUACCAUGCGGCGGAUCAUCCACAUGGCCAUCGUUAUCCUGUACAACACUAUCCGAGAUUAUACAAGAUAAUGCGUACUGCAAGUUUUAUAUCACUAAGCCGGUUCUGGAAGAAUUUUCUGAUAACGUAAUACCUGUCGAGCUUUGGGUAAAACAAUCCAAAAUACCAGGACCGUUAGCACCAACUAAAAUAGAAAUAAAUUCUAUCAACCGAAUGUUGGUGGAGAAGGGUGUUGCUUUGCCCAUUAAAGACUACUUUGCAAAGGCAGAUUCAAUUCUCGCAGAAGAAUUUAAACAGCAGUUGGAGACUAGUCAUUGGGGUAUAACGACUGAAGAAGAAGUCAAAUGGUUGAACAAAGAUCUAACUGAAGAUGAAUUCGAUUCUGAUAUCCUGAUAUCACCUUUCGAUACUAAAUACAAAGUUUGCAAUUCGGCAAAUCGUGAGAAUUCAGUGAAGUUUUCAGACUGGUUACCACCGACUGAAAUAACGGAAGAAGUAUUUCAUGCUAUAGCAACAUAUGUGGAUAAUCAAUGCGCUGUGUACUUGCAUCCUAAAAAAUAUAAUGCUGAAUUAUUGCAUUAUAUAGAGACCGAAUUGCAAACUUAUUAUGAGAAAGUUAAAAUAAACAAAGAGAAAAUAUGGAAAGAAGGAGACAUAUGUAUUGCUCAAUAUCAUUAUAAUCAGAAGUGGUAUAGAGGCAGAAUUGUCAACAAUGUAGGAAAUGUAGUACAGGUGGAAUUUGUCGAUUAUGGCAAUGUGGAAGACUGUGAAAUAGAACAUGUUACGGAUGACGUUAGACUAGGACAUAUUCCUAUUCAGUGCACAAAGUGCAUCAUCAGCGGACUAAGACCGGCAUCUCCGAAUGGUAAAUGGAUGUUGCACGAUUUAGACCGCAUACACGCCCUUCUCGUUGAUCAGGAAUUCAAAGUGUCCAUUUUACAGCGUCAAGCUACAAAUAUAAUUGUAUCUAUAAAUUUAUUGCGACCGUGGAAAUGUGACCUUCUGAUAUACCUUUCAAAUCACAUGGAUAUGAGUAUUAAAAUCGAACGUAAAUCGUGGAAUGAUUCGGACGAUUCCGAAAAUGAUGAAGAUUCAAAAACCUUGAACACCACCAGGGAUGUUAUCGUUGAAGACACAAUAAAUGACUAUGAAAAGCUAAAUAUAACUGAAGCUUCCAAAAAAUCUUUGGAGACAAACAUAGAGGAUAUUACAUUAAACGAGAAUGUAAUUAGCGGUAAUUUAGUAGAAGUUGCAAAGACAGACUUACCAACUAAAUUAAAGAAUAAGCACAUGAUUUCCGAUACUGAAAGUAUAUCCUCGAUAGACACGAAUAUUUUAAAUGCGCAUAUAAUUUGCUCAACGCCGCAGCCAGAGGAAGAAGAUCAUAUCAUCUCAUACAAACGAUUGAUCAUUCCGCAGAAUACGAAAUAUAUUGAAUUAACAUUAUGUUGUAACAAAGAUCCCAUUACUUCAUUCGCACAACUAGCAGAAAAUAACGACGAUAUAUUCUCUAAUGAGCUUCAUGAAUAUUACUUACAAUAUGAAAACGUAAUGGCAGAAAUGCAAACUGAUGCUUAUCACCAACCAUUAAUCAAAUCUUUCGUAAAAAAUACCCCGUGCAUCGCGAAAUUUUCUGAUAAUAUGUGGUAUAGAUGCAUCAUUACAAAUAGCGAACAAAUUUUAAACACUCAGUACAUGAAAAUUUCAUUAUUUUACGUUGAUUAUGGUAAUCAUGAGUACAUACAGUUACAUACAACGGACAUUGACUCCGAAAACUACGAUUUACGUGUACCGAAAGAGGAAUGGCUGGAAUUGCCCGCUAUGGCUAUCAAAUGCACAUUUUGGGGACUAAACUUCGUCUCUAACGAUAUUGAUUUAUUAGCAUCAAAGUUAGAUGAAAUUUAUAAUCAAGCAGCUGUGGCCCAAGUUAAGAAAAUUGUUGAGGGCAACCAUGUGGUAGUCGAAAUAUAUAAAGAUAAAACGUGUACAGAACUAUUUUAUGCUGAUUUAAUAAAAGAAGGUUUAUAUCAAUUUAAUCCUAUGGAAGACUGGAAGGAUUAG